GCUCAUGGGUACAGGAAGUUGAAAAUGGCGAUGGACGGAAUGAUGUCCACGUCUUCGGGUCUGUCUUACCACAAUGUCGGGGACUUUUACCCCAGAAAGUUCGGCCCGAAGCCGGACGUGGUGCCGUCCGGGGUGACCGAGAGGAAAGUGGGGCCGCUGGAUAAACCUGACAUGGUGUCGGUCGAUGUCAUUAACAUCAAUGAUUCAGAUGUCCACAUGCACAGGAAGAAGCAUGAGCAUGAUACGUACGUCUUGGGCACCAUUCAUCCAUUCAGGAAGACACACAGAUCCAUUUUUGGAAAACUCGUGCAAGAAUUCAGACUGGUCUCCUCAGAUAGACGGUCGUGGAGGAUCCUGCUGUUUGGGGCUCUCAACCUGCUGUGUACCGGCUGUCUGCUGAUGUGGUGCAGCUCCACCAACAGCAUGGCCUUAACUGCCUACACGUACCUCACCAUCUUCGACCUCUUUAGUUUGAUCACCUGUCUCAUCAGUUCCUGGGUGACCAUGAAGAAACCCAGUCAGGUCUACUCAUUUGGGUUUGAAAGACUGGAGGUUUUGGCAGUUUUUGCCUCCACUGUUCUCGUCCAGCUGGGAGCCUUGUUCAUCCUGAAGGAGAGUGUGGAGCGCUUCAUGGAGCAGCCUGAGGUCCAUACUGGUCGUCUGUUGGUCGGGACUUUCGUCGCUCUGUUCUUCAACCUGUUGACUCUGCUGUCGGUCAGGAACAAACCGUUUUCCUACGUCUCAGAAGCGGCCAGCAGCAGUUGGCUUCAAGAACAUGUGGCGGAUCUGAGUCGAAGUUUGUGUGGCAUCAUUCCAGGUCUGAGCAGUGUGCUGCUGCCUCGUAUGAACCCGUUCGUCCUGAUCAACAUGGCAGGAGCUCUUUCCCUCUGCAUCACCUACAUGCUCAUAGAAAUCAAUAACUAUAAUGCAGUUGACACAGCGUCGGCGGUCGCCAUUGCUCUUAUGACCUUCGGUACCAUGUAUCCCAUGAGCGUCUACAGCGGCAAAGUGCUCCUGCAGACCACACCGUCCCACAUCAUCGGCCAACUGGACAAACUGCUCAGAGAGGUGUCAACUCUGGAUGGUGUGCUGGAGGUUCGCAACGAGCACUUCUGGACUGUUGGCUUUGGAUCUCUGGCCGGCUCUGCCCACGUUCGCAUCCGCCGGGACGCCAACGAGCAGCUGGUUCUGGCUCACGUCACCAACCGGCUGCUGCCGCUCGUCUCCACGCUGACGGUCCAGAUCUUCAAAGAUGACUGGACCAGACCGCUCCUCACCGGGGCCCUCUCCUCCUCCGCCUCUAUUGCCCCUCUGGGUCCUGCUGAAGGCUACGCCGCCCUCUCCUCCUCCUCUCUGCCUCCUAUGCUGAUGUCCUCAGGAGGAGAGCUAGACCCGCUGACAUCUACGCCCGCCAAACCCAGCAGCCCCCCUCCAGAGUUUGCCUUCGACACACCAGGGAGAAAUGUGCAGCCGGUGGUCCUCCCUGCCCCGGGGCACCACGCCCACAGGCCUUACGGAGGCCUGGGACUCCCCUACGGAGCGCCUCCCUACACAGGGAUGAUGAACCAGGGCCUGGCACGGCCCGGCGGCGGGCUGGGACUCGGUGUGCAGGGUCUGGGGGCGGGGUACGGAUUGGGUGUGAGCGGGAGCGGGGUGCCUUCCUCUCAGAGCUACAGAACUGCCUUCGGAGGGUCGACGGCACCACUCCGGUUCGGAACCGGCAACCCUCUGGCUUCACAGUCGCAGUACAGACAAUACAGACCCUGAUUGUGCCGGGCCAGAACUCUUCUUCUGUAGAGGUGAUGAAGGUCGGUUUCUCCACACCUCAGUUCAGAUAUUUGAAACUCUGAUAAGAUUUACGGACGGCUGACAACAACAUUUACUCCCAGUGUGACAACAAGAUGAUAACUUUAGAAGGCGAAGCUUUGUCAACUCUUGUAGUGUGAGCCCCCCAACUUUAGAAGAGAGAUGGUGAGUGUGUUGUGGUAUUUAUUUUAUCAACAAGGGGACCAAAAGGUUGACUUGAAUUUGGGAUGUUUGAGUCAGUUUUUUUAAUCCAGAUUUUGGGAAACAGCGCCAGUGUGGGGCUGACUGUAAGAGAGCAGGGUGUCCGUACUUAUUACGUUGUAUGUUUAUUUUGUAAGAAUAAAGGCUGCGAGGAAAUGUCAUCAAAUAGCAUUCCAGGUGAGAGGAAAUAAAGUCUUGAAUUGAAUUAAAUUCCUGCGUUAUAUUUUAGAUUUCAGAGUCAGGAGGUGAAAGGUCAGAGGCGACAACAGACUGAUGAUAUCUAGUGUCCUAUGAAUGAUAAGACAAAGGGAGGUAUGAAGACAGCGUAUUGGACCAAACUGACGGAGAAGAUUUAGAAAACAUCUUUUUUUUUUCUGUCCAGCUGAAAAUCAUUGAGACAUCUGCUCUAAUGUGUUGCCAUAAUGUGUCCUGAGUGUUUUACGCCCACACGACCUGAAUUCAAACAUGAAAUAUCAUCUUUAAAACCAAAA